AUGCGAAGUUUGCGUUUUAUAAAAAAGCUCCGGAGAGAUCACUCAGAGAAAAGAUCAGUGCAUAAGAGCCGGUCCGGUGAUGGUUUGUCGAAGCCAGAGUCGCUUGCUACCGCGCUGCAAGGAUCACAGCAAGAAACCGAUGAUCUAUGGUUGAAAGCAGAGCUGCUGCUAAAGAAGGAUGAGAAAACCAGCAAAAUUUUAGCGGCAGCUACUGAGAUCCUCGAAGCGGAUUUCCACUUCCAAGUUCCGUCGAACGCAUUGAUCGCCCGUGACCAAAUCUGCAGUUUUCUUAAUGCUCAAGCCCGUGAGCUGGAAGAGAAAAAGUGGGUGGUUACGCUGGGCGGACACAGUAUCAAAGUAGCGGACCAGCUCACUAGGACUUUCCGAAAUGUAUUGAUCAUCAAGGACGUUAUUAACACUGCUGCUACUGCAAGCCCACCAGCUGCCAUAGCCUGUGCAGGGGUUAUGGUUGGUCUUCUGCUCAUUGUGCAAGCCGUCGAGCAACAUGAAAAUCUCUUACGGGGACUAGAAACGACCUCGGCCUUGAUCCCCCGCCUUCACCUUAUAGAAGACCUCUAUCUGCAUCCCAAUGUGGAAGUCACCGCUCAAUUAAGGAAGGAAUUCAGCGAAACUUUGACAUUAUUAUACUCCAAGGUCAUUGAAUUCCAAGCUCGAGCGAUAUGCUACCUGCAAAAGCACUCAGUUUCCCGGCUCUUCAGAAACAUGUUCAAGCAAGAUAGGUGGAGUAACUUACUGCAAGACAUGCAACGACUUGAAACAAACACUCAGAGCUUCGCUUCCAUUAUAGAACCCACGGUGGUGAGAGAAAAGCUCAAUAAUAUUGAGAAGGCAUUCUCAAAGAACCAAAUUUGGCGAACCACUUCAACUCAGGAUGAAAAGGUCAAGCAAUUCUUUAAGCUGCUCUACACCUGCCCAUAUAGAGAUCGCAAGGACAGGAAUAGCAAGCGCGUGCCAGGUACAUGUGAAUGGUUUACCAACCACACUCUAUUCCACAAGUGGGAGCACAGCGAUCAAUCUGGUCUCUUGUGGGCGACAGCCGACCCAGGAUGCAGAAACCACCCGAAAGCUGGGGAGAUCAUUUACGCAUUGGAUGCCCUAGAUGAGUGUCAGGAAGACGACCAGAAACAGCUCAUUCAAGCUUUGAAAAGUCUGUAUUCAGAACGCCCCAAGAAACACAACUUAAAGUUCCUGGUGACAAGCAGGCCCUACGAUCACAUACGUCGCGGUUUCCAGGAAUUAGAAGACAAGGUGCCUACAAUCCAUUUAAGUGGCGAAGGUGAGGUUGAGACCCAGGAAAUCUCGCGUGAAAUCAACCUCAUUAUCAAAAAGCGGGUCGCGGACAUCAGCAAACAGGACAACCUACCACCAGAUGAGUGUUUAUAUCUGCAGCAGCAACUCACGUCUGUCCUCAAUUGGAUGUAUCUCUGGGUCAGCCUUACCCUUGAUGUCAUCGAGAACAUGUCCGGCUUUAUGAAAGGAAAUAUUCGACAGACCGACAAGGCCAGGAAACUGCUACACAUUAUCACUGCUGCAGAGCGCCCACUGUCAUUGUGGGAGCUCGCUUUGGCCAUGGCAUUUAGUGCUGGACAUGUGUCAAUGCCAGAUAUCUGGGACGAACUUGAGGAGGACGAUAAAAAAUUCGAAAGGAGCAUAAGAGCUCUCUGUGGUCUCUUCCUUGUUGUAAUGGAUGGAAAAGUUUACUUGCUUCACCAAACUGCAAAGGAGUUCUUAGUGGGGAGCAGCCAGUUAGCACAACUAUCGCCCAAUGAUUCUCUUCAGACCAAUACAUGGAAACAUUGCUUGAAGUCAGAGGAGUCUCACAAAAUUCUCGCACACACGUGCAUGUCGUAUUUGACUUUGGUCCAUGAUACCACAGCGGAUUCCCUGCACUAUUUUCUUGAGUAUGCGGCAUGCAACUGGCCAUCCCACUUCCGCAGAGCUUUUGCACAAUAUGAGCAUGAGGCAGCUGAAUUAGGAUAUAAGCUUUGCCGAUCAGGGUCAGAGGUUUACGAGUCUUGGUCCAAGGAAUAUAAAAAAUCGCACGCGCGAGGAUACGAAUUUCCAGGAGAUCCUACUGCUCUUCUGAUUGCUUCUUAUUUGGGGCUUACGGCAGUCGUGAAGCUACUUCUGGACACUGAAAGGGUGUAUGUCGACUUUAGGGAUUCUGUAUUUGGUUGGACACCUCUUUUAUGGGCUGCAGGGAAUGGGCAUGAGGCAGUUGUGAAGCUACUUCUGGAUACUGGAAAGGUGGAUGUCAACUCUAAGGAUUCUAAAUAUGAUUGGACACCUCUAUCAUUGGCUGCAGAGAAUGGGCAUGAGGCAGUUGUGAAGCUACUUCUAGACACUGACGAGGUGGACGUUGACUCCAUUGAUUCUGAUGGUCGGACACCUCUGUCAUUGGCUGCAGAGCGUGGGCAUGAGGCAGUUGUAAAGCUACUUCUGGAUACUGGAAUGGUGGAUGUUGACUCCAGGGAUUCUGAAUAUGAUUGGACACCUCUGUCAUUGGCUGCAGAGCGUGGGCAUGAGGCAGUUGUGAAGCUACUUCUAGACACUGACGAGGUGGACGUUGACUCCAUUGAUUCUGAUGGUUGGACACCUCUGGCAUUGGCUGCAGAGAGUGGGCAUGACGCAGUUAUAAAGCUACUUCUGGACACUGGAAAGGUGGAUGUCGACUACAGGGAUUCUGAUGGUCAGACACCUCUUUCAUGGGCUGCAUGGAAUGGGCACGAGGCAGUUGUGAAGCUACUUCUAGACACUAAAAAGGUGGAUGUCAACUCCAGGGAUUCUGAUGGCCAGACACCUCUGUCAUUGGCUGCAGAGCGUGGGCAUGACGCAGUUAUAAAGCUACUUCUGGACACUGGAAAGGUGGAUGUCAACUCCAGGGAUUCUGAUGGUCAGACACCUCUUUCAUGGGCCACGAAGAAUGGGCAAGAGGCCAUUGCCACAAGCUAG